AUGGGCCUCCAAACUGCGGUGGUGGUUGUGAUCGCAGUCGGCUUUCUCCUGAUUCGAUACCUGAACAGAACCGAUAUUCCCAAGAUCGCCAAGCUGACCGAGAUACCGGGCAUUCCGAUAUUUGGGAGUCUCCUCCAGCUCGGCGAGGAGCACGCCAGGGUAGCCGCGGGAUGGGUGAAGAAGUAUGGCCCGGUUUUCCAGGUUCGAUUGGGGAACAAGAGAAUCGUCUUUGCGAAUACCUUCGACUCGGUCAAAUAUUUCUGGAUCACGCACCAAUCUGCGCUGAUCUCUCGCCCGACCCUACACACCUUUCACACUGUGGUCUCCAGCUCCCAGGGCUUUACCAUCGGCACAUCGCCCUGGGAUGAGUCGUGCAAGCGGAGGCGCAAGGCUGCUGCGACCGCUCUCAACCGUCCCGCGGUUCAAUCCUACAUGCCGAUCAUCGAUCUCGAGUCCAACGUUAGCAUCAGGGAGCUGUUCCACCACAGCAAGGGCGGCACCGUGGAUAUCGACCCCAAUGCCUACUUCCAGCGGUUUGCGCUGAAUACCAGCCUGACUCUGAAUUACGGCAUUCGCAUUGACGGAAGCAUCGACAACGAGCUGCUGAAGGAGAUCUGUCACGUCGAGCGCAUCGUGAGCAAUUUCAGGAGCACGAGCAACAACUGGCAGGACUACGUGCCGCUGCUGCGAUUGUGGCCGAGUCGGAACUCGGAGGCCAAGGAAUUCCGCAUCCGGAGGGAUAAGUACCUCACUCUCCUGCUCGACAUGUUGAGAGAGCGGAUCAAGAAUGGAACAGACAAACCUUGCAUCACGGGAAACAUUCUGAAGGACCCGGACGCGAAAUUAAAUGAAGCCGAGAUCAAAUCGAUCUGCCUUACCAUGGUUUCCGCUGGCCUCGACACCGUGCCCGGGAACAUAAUCAUGGGCAUCGCCUACCUCGCCUCGGACCACGGCCAACAGAUCCAAGCCCGUGCCUACGAUGAAAUCAUGAAGGUGUAUCCAAACGGAGAUGCCUGGGAAAAAUGCCUCGUUGAGGAGAAAGUCCCCUACAUCACCGCUCUGGUCAAGGAAAGUCCUCCGAUUCUUCACUGUCAUCCCGAUAUGUCUACCCCGCGUCAGCAUUAA